AUGGCGGAGUGCCCCUCGCGCAUCCAAGAAAACACGGAGAGACACCGGCCACAGCGUGCUCAAGACAGCGGCGACCGCUAUCGAUCACAACGUGCAAACGUCGCUCAAGAAGAAGACUCGGGCGACUACCUCUUUUCGAUCGGUGAAACGACAUCUGCGAAAUCGAGCGACAUCUGGCUGGUCGACUCCGGGGCGACGCAGCACAUGACGUGCUCCAAGAAGUUCAUGCGGAACUACAAGGGGUUUGACGCUGUGGAUGUCCAUCUCGCGGAUGAUGGAAUCGUCCAAGCAAUCGGCAGUGGGGACAUUGUCAUGUCGAUGAAGACACCCCAAGGGAUGAAGAAAGGUGUGCUCACAAACGUGUGGCACAUCCCAAAGUUAUCCAGAAACCUGUUCUCGGUCGGCCGCUUCACCAAGGAUGUCGGCCCAGUGACGUUCACGAAGGAUGGGUGCUAUGGAGAAGCGAAAGGGACCAAGUGGAAAAUUGGUGCCCGUGAAGGUAAAGGACUGUUCAAGCUGCAAAUGACUCCAGUGGCGCCGGAACAAGCAAAUGCAGCCAAGUCGUCGGGAUGUCAAGGGGGCACCAAGUCGUACCUCUGGCACCUUCGGCUUGGCCACAUAGGUCACGAUGGACUCAAUUGCAUCGUGACGAAGAACAUUGGAAUUGGCAUCGACAUAUCUUCGGUGAAGAAGUGGGACGUGUGUGAAGGUUGUGCUCUGGGAAAACAGACUCGAGUGCGCUUCCAAUCAAACACUACAGCUCGCACCUCCAAACUCCUCGAAGUGAUUCACAGCGACGUAUGCGGACCGAUGUCGAUGGCAACUUUCAGUGGAAAACGGUACUUCGUGACAUUCAUUGAUGACAAGUCAAGAUACUGUGUCGUCUAUCUGCUCAAGAGCAAAUCUGAAGUUGCGGCGAAGUUCAUGGAAUACGCUGCGAUGGCCGAAACGCAAACCGGAAAGCGCGUGAAGUACCUUCAAAGCGACAAUGGGGGUGAAUACAAGUCCGACAAGCUGGCACGAUUCUGCGCGGAACGGGGAAUACAACAAAGGUUCACACCCCCAUAUACUCCUCAGCUAAACGGAGUAGCUGAGAGAAUGAAUCGCACGCUGGUCGAGUGUGCGCGUUGCAUGAUGGAACACGCUGGACUGGGAAAGAGCUACUGGGGUGAAGCAGUGAUGACGGCGAUGUUUCUUCGAAACCGCUGUCCAACACGUGCCAUUCACCAAGACAAGUCUCCAUAUCAAGUGUGGACGAUGAAGAAACCGAUUCUGGCCAACCUUAAAGUGUUUGGAUGCCACGCGUAUGUUCAAGUGCCUCAAGACAAACGCGCGAAGUUCGACUCCAAGUCAUCACUCUGUCGUUUCCUGGGAUACGCCGAACACCAGAAGUCAUAUCGAUUUGAGGAAGUGUCAACAGGAGCGAUCAAGAUCAGUCGCGAUGCCACAUUCAUGGAAGACAAGUUUGAUGAAGGUCCGCGCAACUACAACGAUGAGUCAAGUGUCGUUGAGUUUGAUGAUCAUGAUGAGGACGAAGAAAAAGAAGAAGGUAAAACUGACGACGACAUGGACUCGAGCGACGAUGACAACGAAGACACCAGGUCUUCGAAGAGCAACAUCAAGAGACACACGCGCACUCAAUCACUUGAGAAAGCUACCGUCAUUCCAAGUCCCAAGCGAAGAACAUACAGAGGUCCGUCGCUUGAGCAUGUGUCAGCGGCUGCAAUGGAUUUUGAAGCAGCCUACAUCGUUGAUUCAGUGGGGGAAACGCCGACUACAUUCAAGUCGGCGAUGGAAUCAAGCGACUCCGGCAAGUGGAAAGAAGCGUGUGACUCGGAGUUCGAUUCGCUUCAGAGAAACGACACGUGGGAAAUCGUGCCUCUUCCGAAAGGUCGCAAGGCCAUCGGGUGCCGAUGGGUUUUUCGUGUAAAGGAGAAUCAAGAUGGCGAAGUUGAACGUUUCAAGGCAAGACUUGUGGCCCAAGGAUUCUCACAGAAAUUCGGAGUUGACUAUGAAGAAACUUUCGCACCGGUGGCCAAGUUCACAUCGAUUCGUGUGGUGCUCAGUAUGGCGGCUAAGUACGGCCUAAUGCUACAUCAGAUGGACGUCAAGACAGCGUUUCUUAACGGCUCCCUCAACGAAGACAUCUACAUGGACCAGCCGGACGGAUACCUGGAUGCAACACAGCCGGACUAUGUGUGCAAGCUAAAGAGAUCACUCUACGGCUUGAAGCAAUCGCCUCGCAUGUGGAACCAAACAAUCGAUGGGUUCAUGAUCAAGAUGGGAUUCAAGAAGUGCGAAUCGGACCACUGCAUCUACAUCAAGCGAGACGACCAAGACAUGAUUCUCGUGGUGCUCUACGUCGAUGAUCUCAUCCUGGCCAGCAGCAACAACGAACUCCUCAAGUCAACCAAGAUGGCGCUGAGAAAACGCUUCGAAAUGACGGAUCUCGGUGAGCUCGAUUACUUUCUCGGCAUGGAGAUCAAGAACGACCGUAAGACGGGAAUGGUGACUGUACAACAAACCAAGUUUCUCAAGUCCGUGUUAACCAAGUUCGGAAUGGAUAACAGCAAGCGGGGAGAACCCCUCAAGAUCCCGGCCUGA